AUGAAUUAUUCAUCGACGGACCACAUCUCGUGCCGACCGGUCCUCAAAACCCAGAGGGAGAUGACUCUGCCUGGUGUAGAGCACGGCUGGCCAGGAGUUUUGGGUCUCCCUCUACUGACAUUCUGUGGACCUUUUGAUGGGAUAUUAGGCUUUAGUCAGGGAUCAGCUCUUGUGGCACUUCUUUGUUGUCUUAAAAUUCUAAAUGAAUUCAAUUACAAUCUCAAGUUUGUUGUGAUAAUCGCUGGCUUUAAAUCGCUUACAACAAGUCAUUUGCAACUCUUUGAUAAACUCAAUGAACAACUCAUUGAUAUUCCAUCGCUUCAUAUAAUCGGCGAAACGGAUCAAACGUGGUUCGCAGCGAAUCAGUUGAGUCGGAGUUGCGAUCACAUCGACGGUCAGGUCGUGUUCGCCAAACAUAUCGGUUGGCAAACUGUCGUAGAGCUGACAGUCGUGUACUGUUGUCAUCACAAGUGUAGUCAACGGAUCCACAGCACCCGUACUGACCAGCAUUGCGUACUCCAGAUCUGCAUAACCCUCUCCUUUGCCGAUCCGAUAGCCUAUUAA